AUGGACGAUAUACAACAUUCAGGGGCACCUCCACAGACAAGUUCGAGGAAAGAGAGCGGACCUGCAAGCCCAAUUCGAACUACCAGGCACUCCAUCAAGAAGCCAUCUCCGCCACAGUCUCCCCAGACUGCGCGCAAAAGACAUUUCGUUACGGGGAAAGAUGAGGAAAACGUAGACAACAUCGAAGACACUCCAACAGACUCCAGAUUGCCCCGCCGCCUAACGACCACGGGAUAUGGAUCCGGAGAGCCUGUCAACGUCUGCCUUUGCCAGCCAGAACCAAAAAUACCCCGCCCAAGAAAUGCAUUUAUUCUUUAUCGGCAGCACCACCAGCAGGCGAUCGUCGCCCGCAAUCCAGGAAUUGCAAACCCAGACAUAUCGAAGAUUAUCGGAGAGCAGUGGAACUCCGAAAGCCCAGAACAAAAGCUAGUUUGGCAGCGACUGGCACAGGAAGAGAAAGCAAAGCACCAAGAACAAUAUCCCGACUACCGGUAUCAGCCGCGGCGCCCUGGCAAGCCAGGAUCAUCACCUCUGAACCCUUCUGGUGAGCAUACAACUGUCGACAAAUAUCGCUGUCCGAAGUGUGGUGGACGCAGCAUCAAGACUCCUACAAGUCCCUUCACGCCUGCUGCCACCCGGAACCUGCCUCCGCCUGUUUCGACCGACGUUCCAACUCCCACUACCCGUUACCUUCCUAUGAGCAACCUUAGUCUUGAGUCGCCAGCAUACCGGCGGCGCGCCCCAGUCGGGCCUUCGAGUCUCAGUAACAUCCAAGUGCCUUCACCUGGCCAAGGCGACGCCCCUUCGAUGCUGUACAGUCCUGGUACACCGGAUUCGAAAAGACGACGCUACAACUAUCCGCCUACAACUAACGGGCGAUCUGUGUACUAUCCCGCAGCUCGCCGUGACUCGCUCCCGGCUCUCAAUCACGCGCGACCUUCGCCGCCCAAUACAGGAGCUAUGCAACCGCCUCCGCGGACGCCCCGUGAUACCCGCAGAAUGUCUUUGGACCUCAGUGUCCACGUCCCCAGUCAGCAUGACCAGAGUCGGAGUGUUGAAGCCAUGGUCAUGAGUGUUCCUUAUAUUGUAAAGGUCCGGGUCCUCGGCCGCAUAACUCCUCCGUUAAAGGAGCCCGGGCCUACAAGCCCGGCAGUUCAGGUACGCGGGGCAAUCAUAGCUAUCGAAGGUGACGAACCUGCGGCGAUCGAAACACUGGCGGAGUGGCUCAAAGAUGAUCUCGACAAGACCAAUGAUUACAAAGUUCUUGUUGCUGACCCGCCAAAGGUGCCGAAGCCGGACACCAAGGAUGUUACUUUUGUGGAUUAUCUGGAUCUGAUCAAAAAGUGGCAUGGGAAGAGCAAGGAGAUGAUCCAGUACAUCACAACCCCAGUAGCUACAUCGCCCGUGUCAAGUCCCGAUUCCAACAAGGAAAAAGACAAGGAAGAUGGUGGUGAGCCCAAGAAGAAUCCAGUCAUUCUUCUGCCAACAUAUCAGCUCAAUGCGUCCAACGCCUACACUUCGCGGAUCCCCAUCACGGAUGCAUACAGUCCGACGGAUCAUUGGCAGUGGAUGGCGACGCUGUGGCGAGGCACCGUAGGCCCGGACCUGACCAUCUACAUCCGGGACCCCAAUGCCCAGUACCAGGAUGCGAAGGAGUCGGCUCAGACACAACAGGGCAAUGCCAAGCUUGUGGAGCUCAACGAGGAUGUGAGAUGCUUGACCGUGAGGAAAGAGAGAGGAGUGAAGUUUGAAGCCGCGGCGCUCAGGCGUGUUGGGUUUGAAGUUGGGGAGUGGAUCCGCGAUGUGACGAAUAAGGCGAAGGUUGAGUGA